CGCCCUAUGUCAAAAAUGAGCUGGCUUUCUGGCUCUCGCGCUAAACCAAAGUGGGAAAUGGUUCAUCCACACUAUCCGGUCAGCGAAACCACCUCUGCUAAAGUACUGCUCGUAGAGCGAUGGUAAAAGAGGUACACCUUGCUCGACAGCAUUCAACGGAAUUUUGAUUUGCUCGACAUGACAACGACAGAAAGAAUCGAUCAUCUCGACAGCAGGUUAGGGCCUGAUCCUAAAACACCGCCUACAUCACACUGUGUCUUUCUCACUGGUGUAACUGGAUUCGUCGGCGGCACUAUCCUCUCUUGUCUCUCCAAGGCACAUCCUAAUGUUCGCGUCAAAGCUUUGAUCCGUCAGGAAGGGGAUGCCAAAGAACUUCAAUCGGUCUAUUCAAAUCUCACUCCCAUCAUCGGCGAUCUCUCUUCGCUUUCUCUCCUCACAUCCACAGCAGCGGAGGCCGACUUCGUCAUCCACAUGGGAGGUGACAAUGUCCCCGCCGUGUGCGCGAUGAUAGAUGGGUUGGCAUCCCGCACCACCACUGGAUCGCCCCUGCCACGUCUCAUCAGCCUAACCGGCCCGCGCAGUCUUAUCGACCUCUCGAACCCCAUCACUGGGAAUCUCAGGGCGAGCAGCCGUCCCUGGAGCGAUGUCACCGACGGGCAUGCAAUACUGGCCCUUCCUAAGGAUCGGAUGCACGCGGGCGCGGAUCAAACGAUCAUCGCUCACAGUGUUGCCAAAGGGGUGGGCACAAUACUAGUCUCGCCCGGUCAACUGUGGGGCAGGGGUAAGGGCCAUCUGAAGAAGGAGAGCAAUGCGGCGUUUUAUUAUACAACGGUCAAGAGCCGUGGACGAGCCUUUGUCAUCGGCGAUGGUACCGCAACAUGGUCGUGGACUUCCAUUGGUGAUUUGGGUGAUGCGGUCGUGUUCCUGAUGGAACAGGCACUAAUGAGUGGGAGCGAAAGACGCGGACGAGUGGGAGUCAAUCAAGACGGCUACUACUUUGUGCGCACUGGAGACUUGAGUAUGAUGGAAAGGGCGAAAGCUGUCAGUGAGCGCUUAGGUCUCGGAGUAGUAGAAAGCAUUCCGGUCGGGACCGCAAAAGAAAUUCAUCCGUUUGGCCCUAUCAUGUGGGGUUGUGGUGAAAGAACGAGAGCUGACAAGCUGGCUAAGUUGGGUUGGAGGCCGAAAGAGACUGAUUGGAGAGUUUUGAUGGAAGGAGAAGGGGGAGAGAGGGCAUAGGGGUAGUACUGUAGCAAGACGAGAAUACUAGAAUCUCUAAUUUACCGUCUAAGUGG